AUGUCCAGCAGCAACUCCAAUCCUCAAAACACAACCCCUAAAAAAGUCGAAAGGACGACAAACGGCAUCAACACAAAAGAUGACAACAAAGACGGGAAUUCCCAAGCCUCUAAUGUCGAUGGAGAUAGUCAUCGUCAGAUCAUGCAGGAUGCGGAAAACGUACAUUUCCCAGACCCAAUUACACAAGAGGCUCGACAAAGGAUUGGGUGGCAAGAACAAAAAUAA